GCGGGCCAUGGCGCGGGUGCUGGUGGUGGGCGCGGGGCUGACGGGCGGCGCCUGCGCGGCGCUGCUGCGGGGGGUGGCGCUGGUCCGCGUCGCCGUCUGGGACAAGGCGCGCGGAGCAGGGGGCCGCAUGAGCACGAGCCGCAGCGCGCGGGACGCCGCCUGCACCGCGGACCUGGGCGCGCAGUACAUCACCCUCGAGACUGAGCGCGCGGGGCCGCGCCGCAGCUUCUGUGAGGAACUUCUGUCUCACGGCAUCUUGAAACCGCUGACUGCACCCAUUGAAGGAAUGGUAGUGAAAGAAGGCUCGUGCAAUUAUGUGGCACCCCAGGGCAUCUCCUCGGUUGUCAAGUAUUAUUUAAAACAGUCAGGUGCAGAUGUCUUCUAUGAACAGCAUGUAACUCACAUCUGUCUCCGAGAUGGGAAAUGGGAAGUCUCCAGGAAAAUGGGACCGCCAGAACAGUUUGAUGUAGUUAUUCUCACAAUGCCUGUUCCACAAAUUCUUCAGCUGCAAGGUGACAUUGUAAACAAACUGGUGUGUGUGCCUACACCGGACUACGUGAAUGGCCAGCACCUGGCAAUCAGGUUACCUUAA